AUGACUCUCGUUCAUGAUCGUCGGACGCUGGCGGCCGUUGCGUUCUUGUCUCUGCUCUGCGUCAUCUACCUAAUUGACUCCAUGACGGAGGUUUCGGUUCUGGAAGACACAUCGUUUCCGGUUGGCAUGGAGAGACCGGGGCCGAAGAAAACGUACGAUGAGUUCGUCAAGCAAGCGGCGUCGAUUGAUCCAACCUAUCCGAUCGGUAUCCCCAUGACUAGUUCGCCCGAAGCUGCCCACGAGCUACCCAAAUAUCUAAAAUAUAAAGAGAAGUUACUCACACCUGUCAUCAACCAGGACGUUUGCGCCUCAUGCUGGGCAAUCUCCGUCUGUCACGUGAUCAGUGAUCGCAUAUCUCUGAUGACCGGAGGGAAAAUUAUUAAACCUCUCUCUUUUCAAGAACUGCUGAGCUGUUUCAAUCCGAAAGGAAACAAUGUCGGGUGCGAAGUCGGCGGAUCCCCGGAAGCGGCAUUUCGACACGGAGUGGAAAAAGGGUUUGCGCUCGAUGCCGAGUACCCCUACGUCCAGCAGAAGACGACCCAGAUCGUUGCAUGUGAUGCCAGAAAACAACAAGGUCCCAGGACUUUCAUUCAGAGAGGGUCUGUCAAGUCUCUCUGCGAGGAUCCCUCUCGCUACAAGGAGGGAAGCCCCCAGUACAUGAAGAUUAUCAAAAACAACGUGAGACGGAUGAAGACCGAACUGUAUCUGCAUGGUCCCAUCUGUUGCACGAUUCAAGUCUACAAAUCGAUGUACAGUUACGACGGCCUCUCUAUCUUCGAGGGACCGACCGACGACGACGAGUACGUGGGUGGCCACGCCGCCGUGUUGUUUGGUUUUGCAGAGGAAGUCAACGGAGUCGAGGAGGGAUUCGAUGGCGACACAUGGUUCAUUAAAAACUCGUGGAGUGCGUCGUGGCCGAUAAAAUCACCGGCUUCCAAAGGUCUCUUCUACAUGCGCGCGGGAAUAAAUUGCUGCGGGGUCGAAUCAAGAGCCUCGUGUGCCCAGCCCGUCAUAACAGAAGAAUUGCGAAGAAAUAUGGUCCCGUUGAAGGAAAGUAGCUACCAUGGUUACUCGGAGUAUGUUUCCGACCCAGAACGCGCCAACUUCAUCACCAAAGCAACGAGGCUACGCACACUUGUGAAGCAGACAUGA